AUGAAUUCAAAUAAAUAUUGUCUUGAAGAUUUAACUGAUGAAAUUCUCUAUGAUAUAUUUGAAUAUGUUGAUGUAUAUGAUAUUUACAAAGGGUUUUACAAUCUUAAUAAACGAUUUCAAGAUUUAGCUAUUCAUUCAAAUGUUUUGACUAAAAUCAAUUUUUCAACAAUGUCAAAAUCAAAUUUCGAAGAUUAUUAUCGAAAUAUUCUUAUGCCGAAUCAAAAUCGAAUUAAUUUUCUUCGUUUAUUAAAUCCAUUUGCUGUUGGAAUCAUUUUCUCCCGUCCACGAUUAGUUUUGAAUUUCAUUCGUCUUGAAACAUUAGUUCUUGAAAAUAUACAAAUCAAGCAUCUUUAUAAAAUUUUGGAUAAUUUAGUACAUCUACAUCAAUUUUAUUCGUUAACGAUUUCGAUCAGUGAUUAUAUUGAAUCCUUAACUUUGAUUUUUGCUCGUAUAUUUUUAUUAUCGAAAUUAAAAUAUUGUAAAAUUGAAUAUCAAACAAAAAAUUAUGAAGAACCAUUAUUUACUAUACUUAUUGAAGAUGAUUAUAGUCCGAUGCAAUCGUUGAUAAUCAAUGGUCGUUUUCCAUUUGAUUCGUUUGGUCAUUUACUAUAUUGUCUUCCUAAACUUCAACAUUUAUCAAUUGAUUGUCUUGUUCAACAACGUUUUGAUACAGAAGAAGAAGAAGAGGAAUUAUCUCUUAUACAAUUAAAAUAUUUGAAAUAUGUUUCUCUUCAUAUUGAUCAUAUUGAGUUCACAAGAUUUAAAAAAAUUAUUACAGAAGUUUUUCAUUAUGUUCAAACUUUACAUCUUACAACAUAUUAUGAUGGAGCAUAUUUAAAUGCUAAACAAUGGCAAAAAUUAAUAGUAACAUAUAUGCCAUAUUUACGUAUCUUUGAUAUAAAUCAUGAAGGUUCUGUAAAAACCAAUACUUUAAUAUAUCAUGAUAUUAUUAAUGAAUUUAAUUCUUCGUUUUGGAUUGAAAAUAGAUGGUUUUUUACACAUCAACAUAUUUCGAAAGAUCAACCUGAUAAUGUAAUUCUGUAUUCAACUGCUCCGUAUCGACGAAAAGAUUAUGUAUAUUAUUGGGAAUUAAAUGAACCCAUUUGUUCACAAAUACAAAAAGAAAAUUAUGAUUCAGUUAAACAUCUUUAUAUUUGUAGUACAGAAAUAAAAGAUACUUAUCUAAGUUAUUUUCCAAAUGUUAAUUACUUAACUAUUAAACAUCGUUUUGAAACAUCAGGUGAUUCAAUUCCAACAAUUCUUCAUCGUAUGAUUCCUUUAAAACAACUUACAAAGUUAGUUAUUGAAUGUUAUAAGUUUUCAUUCAUUGAAAUUUUUCAAUUGUUAUAUAUGACACCGAAUUUAUAUGCAUUAAAAUUGGAUCAUUUAUUUUUCAGCGACAUUAAUUUAAAUGUAAUUAAAGAAAAUGAAGUUUUUCAAUAUGUAUCAAAUACAAAUAAAAUAAAAAUUGUCAAUUUUGGUGUUUGGUGUUCAUUGAAUGAAAUUCAGUUGAUUGUGAAUUUAUUUCCACAAUUGGAAUAUCUUAAAAUUGGAAUGAAUAAAAAAGAAAUACAAUCAAUAGUUCGAUUUUUAUUAUUAAAAACUAAUGAUAAAACACAACAUUUAUUAUUUUUAUGUAUUUUACGAAUACCAAAAAUAUAUUUAAAAAAAUUAAAUGUUUUAAUCAAAUCAGAAAAUUUACUUCAUGAUUAUUGCAGUAAAUUUAUUAAUUGUGAUUUGUGUUUAUGGUGGUAA